ACGAACGGCGGAGGAGAUUGUAUUUCUUGGCAGAAAUUAUAGGAAGUUGGGUGGGCAUGAAAGAGAGAGCAAUCGCCGCCGCUGGCGUGCCUGGCGGGAUGACCCUUUUUUUGGAAGUGGCUUGGCUGGCCGGAAGUGGGGCUAGUAAGGGCGGAACUGUGACGUGGAGUCCAAGGUGGGGGCAGGGGAGAAGUGUGGCCACCACCUUCACUUCUCUGACUAGCAGUACUCGCGAGAGCAGAGAGACGGAAGCUCCACCCUUCUUAGGGCGGAAACUGCUUCGCCGAGACCUGGGAGAGCGGAGUGGGAAUGAGGCACUGGAGAAACAGUGACCCAGAGGCGGGGACUGACAAGAACCAAGCUUAAGACCUAGAACGAAAUUGGUUCCAGCAUCUAGGACCCAGACACAGGACCAUGGGACUCCAGCAUUUGAGCCCUGUGCAGCUGCUCUGUCUCCUGGGGGCCAUCUCCACUCUGCCUCGGGCUGGAGCUCUCUUGUGCUAUGAAGCAUCAGCUUCACUAUUUAGAGCUGUUAGCCUCCAUAACUGGCAGUGGGUUCUGCUGAGGAGCAUGGUGUGCAAGCUGAAUGAGGGCUGUGAGGAGACCCUGGUGCUCUUCGAGACAGGGACCAGAAGGGGAGUGGUGGGUUUUAAAGGCUGCAGCCCAGCUGCAUCUUACCCUCCGCAAGUUUCCUACCUCAUUUCACCACCAGGAUUGUCCAUUGCCUCCUAUAGCCGUAUCUGCCGGACGUAUCUCUGCAAUAACCUCACUGACAUGGAUCAUUUCGUGAAACUCAAAGCCAACACUUCUAAGACUUUAGCAUUUUCAUCCCAUAGUUGUCCAACUUGUGUUGGUGAGCACUCUAAGAGUUGCCUCCCCAAUUUUGUCACCACUGAGUCUUGCCCCACCAGUGCCACUAAGUGUUACAGUUCCACCUUGAAAUUUCAGGCAGGAUCUCUCAAUACCACUUUCCUCUUCAUGGGCUGUGCUCGUGAACAGGCCAAAAUUUUAGCCCAUUUUCACCAUAUCGGUAGCAUCAGAGUCACUGAGGUCAUUAACAUCUUAGAGAAGGCCCAGCUGGCUGGUGCCCAGCUCUCUAGUCGGAGUUCUGCUGGGGGCAUCCUCUUAGGCUUCCUGCUUGCCUUCAGGGACUGAUGAUUUAGCUGGACCAGACAAACUUACCCCUUCACAUAGCCAAAUAAAGUUAUAGAGUUGCCUUUCC